AUGGGAGUGUUCCCUCUUUCAAAGGAGAUAGUGUUACCUAAAGUGCUUUAUGUCCCGAACUUGAAUUGCACUUUGAUCUCCAUGGCAAAGUUGUUGAAACAUACGAAUUGUUUUGCUAUGGUUACUGAUACAAUUUGUGUUUUACAGGACCGUUUCACGAGGACCAUGAUUGGAGCCGGUGAAGAGCGUGAUGGGGUCUAUUAUUUUACGGACAUAGUCUCGGCAAACAGUAACAAGGCAGUGUUUGGUUCGGAUCAAGCUUUGUGGCAUCAGCGUUUGGGACAUCCGUCGUCUUCGGUGUUUUCUUCUUUGGAUUUGUUUUCUCAGUCUUCUGUUUCAGCUAGCUCUAGUCCUUGUGACGUGUGUUUUAGAGCAAAGCAAACUCGUGAGGUGUUUUUCGAUAGUUUAAAUAAAACAACAGAGUGUUUCUCUCUAAUUCAUGUUGAUGUUUGGGGUCUAGAUCGAGUUCCUUCUUCUUGUGGUGCGGUUUAUUUUUUGACGAUUGUGGAUGACUUCUCUAGAGCAGUGUGGACCUAUCUUCUUCUCGAAAAAUCAGAGGUGAAGAAGGUUCUUCCCGAGUUUCUUGCUUACACGAAAAAACAAUUUAACAAACCUGUUCGGUCUGUCAGAAGCGAUAAUGGUAGUGAGUUUAUGGUGCUUUCUUCGUUUUUCCGUAGUAAAGGGAUCGUUCACCAAACAUCGUGUGUAGCAACUCCACAGCAGAAUGGAAGAGUGGAACGCAAGCAUCGUCAUAUUCUUUAUGUAGCUCGAUCGUUGCUAUUUCAAUCACAUUUACCAGUAAAGUUUUGGGGAGAAGCUAUUUUAACCGCUGCUUAUUUGAUAAACCGUACAGCGAUACAUAAUGGUCGGACACCUUCUGAGAUUUUACAUGGAGCUAAACCAGAUUAUAACCAGUUGAAAGUGUUUGGUUCUGCGUGUUAUACUCAUCGUGCUUCUCGAGAUAAAGAUAAGUUCGGUGAACGAAGUAGAUUGUGUGUUUUUGUUGGCUAUCCCUUUGGUAAAAAGGGUUGGAAAGUUUAUGACAUCAACAAAAAAGAGUUUAUUAUUUCCCGUGAUGUUGUGUUUCGUGAGGAUGUGUUUCCAUAUGUUGAACCUGAGAUUGUCUCAUCUCCUUCUUCUCCGACUGUUGUUUGUGAUGACUAUUGGAUGGUUCUGCCUGUUGACACCGAGUCCUGA